UAUGAAAAACAUGGAACUCUGAACAAUUAAUAAGAUCUAAAGUUUUCACGUUUAAUUAUGAAAGCUGACUUGUUUAACAUGCGGCUUCUUUUCAUUUUUCUAACAGUGUACAGCGAUGCAGUGCUGUACUGUACUGCAUUCUUUCUUCCUUUUCAGACUGGACUCGGAGUUGGGUACAAUGAAGGAACACUGUAUAGAGCUCCCGCCACAGUUUCCUACAGAUCCAAGAACAAUGGAAAAUUCAAGCCCUCUUAUCAGCUUGAUGAUUGGAAAUCAGAAUCAUCAGGUUCAUCUUCAUAUUUCCCCCCUUCUAGCACAUCUUCAACUUCAUAUACAUCUCCUGAUAGUACUUCUUUAUCUCCUCCAACUACUCCAUCUACAACACCAUCUACUUCUAUCACGUUUCCAAUAGUUCCCAAGGGACCUGUUGACACAGGUUCUAAUUCUUCCGAAGCAACCAAGCCAAGUGAUAAAAACAAACCAAUCCGAUCUAAUGAUUCUGCUACAAAUAGUUUUGAUGAAGAAUCUGAAUUUGUAACCACAACAUUGCCGCCAGAAAUAUAUUCUAGAUCACCUUCCAUAGAUAGUUCAUAUGGAGCACCAAUUUUAUCAAUCUCAGGCUCCUAUGAUCCUCCAACAAACUCAUACGGACCUCCAUCUGAUUCCUAUGGGCCUCCAACAAACCCCCAAGGUCCUUUGUAUGUGCCCUCAAAACCCACUUAUGGGCCUCCAACCGAAUCUUAUGAACCUCCAACAGGAUCUUACGGACCUCCAACUGGAUCUUAUGGACCUCCAACUGGAUCUUAUGGACCUCCAAACGACUCUUAUGGACCUCCAAAAGAAUCUUAUGGACCUCCAACCGGAUCUUCUGGAUCUCAAAACGAUAUUAAUGGACCUGAUCUAAAACCUGUAAACUAUUAUGAAGGUCCUGAUUCUACUGACGAAGGAAAUGGUGGAUUUAACUUGUUUGGAGCAAUCGCCAGUAAACUGGAUCUCAUUAGAACUUUGUUUCUCAGAAAACUAGAUUUUUUUACAGGAUUUUUUCAUUUUAGACAGGAUCCUAAUCUACCGGUUGAAUAUGAGAUCAAUGAUGAGUAUGGUGCCCCCUCUCUACCCAAUGAUGAGUAUGGUGCCCCCUCUCUACCCAACUGUUCAGAUGCUGGAGAGGAACAUGGAGGUGGAUACUCAGGAUAUGGAGAUUGGUUGGAAACAACACCGCCGAGUUACUCAUCUACCAAACCUAGUUACUCACCUAAAAAACCUAGUUACUCAUCCUCGAAACCUAGUUACUCACCUAAGAAGCCAAGUUACUCAAACAGGAAACCAAGUUACUCAACCAGGCGACCGAGUAAACGUCCAAAAAAUAACACAAAUCGACCGGUUAGUUCCUCUAAAAGACCCAUAACGACCCAUAGUGGAGGUUCUAGAAGACCUGCAGGCUAUAAACCAAGUUAUAAACCAAGUUAUGAACCAAGUUCUCUCUACUACCCACCCCGACCUAGCUCAGAUUCUAGAGAACCUGGAUACGAGAAACCUAGUUUAGACGGAGAAAUUAUAGGAGAAGAAACCCCUACACCCAGUCCUAUUUACUUCAACCCUAGACGACACCCAUCUAUCAAACCAAGAACUCCAAUCUACUUUCCUCCGAACCCACCAAUAUCAUCAGCGUUCUCAGAACCAUCGAGUGUGGAAGAGUCUUUUGAAACGCUUUCCCAAACCUUGGAAGAAAUUAUUGAUUCUAAGAUGAAAAUGGCACAGACAACAAUGGAGAAUAAUAUGAAAAACUUUUUAUCCGGAGAAUCAGCUGCACAUGUGACGACUGAUAUGUUCAAGGAAUCAGCUGCACCUGUGGCUGAUAUGUUCAAGGAAUCAGCUGCACCUAUGUUAGCUUUGCACCAAGAAUCAGCUGUUCCUGAACCUGAAGGCAAAUUUCAAAGCAUGCAUCACAGUUGGACUCCAAUGAGUUUUCUUGCUCGCAUGGUAUCAACGGAAGGAGCAGAUGCUGAGAAUGAAAUAAAUGAAGGAUUGGAAGAUAUUGAAGAAUAUCAGAUUUCGGAUAAAAACGAGAUGGAAAACUACAGCAAGAAAGAUGACAUGGGGGACAAAAACAAAAUGGAGAAAUAUAACAACAAUGUACGACAAAAUAUAACUAAGUGGUCUGAUCUACCGAUGAAUAAGAAGAUGAAUAUGAGUGAAGAAAUAUAUACAAUAUUCCUAGAGGUUCUCAAACAAACAGAUUCAUUAAACACCGACGUCAAGGAUUCUAUGGAUAUGGAUGAAAUGGAUAUACUAAACAUGAUUGAAGAUAUCGACCAAGAAUCAGAAAAUGCAAGUUUAGAGCUCUUUACGAGAAUGAAGGAGAAAAUGCUGCGGCCGAAAAAUAUUGAAGAUAUAUUAAAUAUCAUAAGAAAUACAACUGAGAACGAGGUAAAUACAUUUGAUGAUUCUACGGACAUGUUUGCUGAUGUUCCUAAAGAUUCUACGGACAUGUUUGCUGAUGAUCCUAAAGAUUCUACAGACAUGUUUGCUGAUGAUCCUAAAGAUUCUACGGACAUGUUUGCUGAUGAUCCUAAAGAUUCUACGGACAUGUUUGCUGAUGAUCCUAAAGAUUCUACGGACAUGUUUGUUGAAGAUCCUAAAGAUUCUACGGACAUGUUUGCUGAUGAUCCUAAAGAUUCUACGGACAUGUUUGCUGAUGUUCCUAAAGAUUCUACGGACAUGUUUGCUGAUGAUCCUAAAGAUUCUACGGACAUGUUUGCUGAUGAUCCUAAAGAUUCUACAGAUAUGUUUGAUGACGAAAUUGAAGAUUCUACGGAUAUCUUUGAUGAAGAACUUGAAGAACAGCUUUUCCAAGAAUAUGAGGUUUCUGGAUUAGAAAAUAUCGGAACAAGCCCGCCUCCAUUUUUACAGGAGACGCAUUUAUAUUCAGAAAAACCUGAGUCCAGCUUAAGCAUUGGGUUAGAGAAAUCUAAUAUAAGCUUAAGUCCAGUUUUAGCUGAUUCUGAGACCAAGUUGAACCCAGUUUUGGUUGAGUCCAACACACGGUUGAUUCCUAGUUCAGAUGACGUGCCUACCGCGAUAAACUCGAUGUUUGUGACAACAAUGAGGCCUGUCCAGCUCCUUGCUACACUAGGAAUUAUAAACCAAGUAAACAAGGAUGCAGAGAAUAAAGAUAAACCAACCUUAUCUUAUAAUCCUACUUUUAAUGUCUCAAGUAUCCUCACUGAACCAGAACAUGAUGAACCCACGAGCAUGAGCACAUUGACCCCACAAGUAUUGUCUGUCAAGGGAAAGGGAUUGAACGGUCGAAUUGUGGGAAUUCGAAAUAUCAAAGAUGAUACUGAGUUUGUUUAUGAUCCUGUGUCUGGAGGAUUAGUUGCUGUUCAUCAAUAUAAUUCUACACAACCUUCUUGGAUAGUUUAGAUCAUCAUCAUCUAGUUAUAUCUAACCUUUUUUUCAAGAUAUCUAACACUAUAUUUCAAGAUAUCCAACACUAUAUUUCAAGAUAUCCAACACUAUGUUUCAAGAUAUCCAACACAAUGUUUCAAGAUAUCUAACACUAUGUUUCAAGAUAUCCAACACUAUGCUUCAAGAUAUCCAACACUAUGCUUCAAGAUAUCCAACACUAUGUUUCAAGAUAUCCAACACUAUGUUUCAAGAUAUCUAACACUAUGUUUCAAGAUAUCUAACACUAUAUUUCAAGAUAUCCAACACUAUGCUUCAAGAUAUCCAACACUAUGCUUCAAGAUAUCCAACACUAUGUUUCAACUUAUCCAACACUAUAUUUCAAGAUAUCCAACACUAUGCUUCAAGAUAUCCAACACUAUGUAUCAAGAUAUCCAACACUAUGUUUCAAGAUAUCUAACACUAUAUUUCAAGAUAUCCAACACUAUGUUUCAAGAUAUCCAACACUAUAUUUCAAGAUAUCCAACACU